AUGACCGUGGUUUCCCAUGGAGCUGGAAGGCAGGCAAGUGCCUUUAAAAGAUCCACCUUGUCAGCUGAACCAGUUCACAAGAUGGAUCACCAAGAGUAUCAAAGUCUGUUAAAGACGUGCAUGCCUGUUGUGAGAGGUCCUGAGGACAGACAUGGCUUUGCAAGCUUUGAAGAGAAAACCAGUAAUUCCUUCCCUAAAUUCAAUCCAUUCAUCUCUCCAGCAGAGCCAAAUUAUACUUUAAUCCCACACUGGGAUGGUAUGCCUUUAGUGGAUCCCUGCUCAAGUUUCGUGAGUCUAGCAGCAGAUGCUGACCUGCAGCCCAGUGGAAGAGCCGUUGAGUGCCUGGUGAACUACAGGAAAUCUCACUAGCGGGUCCCCAUCACAGGAGAGAGAAGCCAGCCUGCCCACAUGAGGCAGAUGAUCCUCCUGCAAGAAACCAGCCAGGACAGAAAGUGGAACUCCAGGGCUGUGUCAGCUGCUUCUGUCAGGGCAUGACUCAGAGGUUGGAGAACUCCAGUGAAAGUUGCUUCUGCUCUACCUGACCAAAACCAUAUUUUUGCAUUUUUUAUGGAUCCCAAUCUCAAGGAAUCAAGUGAUCCUUCUGCAAGGUGGAGAGAAGCAGCAAGGGACUACUACAAGUCAAAUACUCAAAAAGCUGCUGAAGAAAUUCCUUGGGAUAAUAUAUUACCUUCCAAAAUCCAGCCUCCAGAAUCAACAAUGGAGGUGUUGGCUGAUCCUGUUUCCCAGUGUUUCACAAAAAGGAGGUACUUUUAUCUUGAAUCUGAAAUAAGCUAAGUUGUUGGAGGCUUCUGGGACAGAUUUCAAACAAGAUCUUUUACCUCUCCACAGAGACCUGUUGAUCUCCUAAGCCGAAGCUCUUGAACCUGUCAUAUCCCUUUGUAUAUUGGCAGUGCUGGUGCAGUAAAUUUUGAAGACAUUGACAAUGCCGAUGUAGACUUAAUCCCACUUAACCAUGUGCGAACUUCAAAACCUCGCUACACAAGCACUGCAUACACUCCAAAUAUCCCUGGAUGCACUGGCAAGGUUCAUUGGUCAGCAACCCACCCAGCAAAUUCUAAUCUUCCAUCAACAAGCCCAUCAAUAAUUGCACAAAUGCAUGGAUACAUUGCAAAACACGGAAGCUUGUCUCAGUAUAAUCACCAGGGACCUUUUUCUCAAAUGGUCACUCCAGUUAGUCAUCAGAAGUCUUCAACAGGAGAGAAUGAGAAACCAUUACAGUUUAGAAAGUGUCAAUCCUUUUUACCUGCAUAA